UAUGUUAACAGUUCAAGGUUUCAAAAGCUGAAAAUCAAGAACUGUCAUCCAAUGAAACACGCCACACCAGACAGAUCGACCCGACGAAUACUACAGUACGUACAAUACCUACACACACACCUACAUGUCUGGCUUUGGAUACGAAAAAUGGACUAGAAAUACGAAACGAUGUUGAAAACCCAUUUUAUGCGCCGAGAUUUCCGUUUACGAUAAAUCAAAUGUUCGCCUAAGUUCCGUGGGCUGUCGCAGACACAAUCAACUCUUCCAUCAUUCUCACUUUUCGUCAACGACACUCGUUUAAAUGUUUAACAUGGCAACUUUUGGAUAUCGGUACUGGCUGCCACUCAUCCUAGUCAUAACAGGGUCAUUCGCUUCAUUAAAUACGCCAAGGGCGGCUUGGCCUAACGGUCCUUUCGUUACCUCCGGACGGUGGAUACACGAUGCCGCUGGCUCGACUAUCACAUACGUCGGUGUUAACUGGCCAGCAUCGCUCGACACCAUGAUCCCGGAGGGCUUACAAUACCAAUCAAUCGAAGCUAUUGUUUCACGUAUAAAGAGUUUGGGCAACUCUGUCCGACUCACGUAUGCUAUUGAGAUGAUAGACCAGAUCUAUGAGAACGGAGAGACAGAUAUCACCAUACAGAGAGCUCUUACAGAUGCUUUAGGCCAGGAACAUGGGACAACGGUUUAUAAUAGUAUCAUUGAAAAUAAUCCUUCCUUCAACGAUGAAACCACGAGAUUACAAGUAUUCGAUGCCAUUGCAGCUGAAACUGCGAGACAGCAAAUCUACUUACAUUUAGACAAUCAUAUUUCGAAAUCGGGCUGGUGCUGUAGUCCACUAGAUGGUAACGCCUGGUGGGGAGACCAAUACUUCGACAUCCAGCACUGGACUCGAGGCUUGUCUUUUAUGGCCGAUCAUGGCAAGACGUGGUCAAAUCUCAUGUCGAUGUCUCUGCGUAACGAGCUGCGUCAACCACUGUCGAACUUUACUUUUGCUGGCCAGGUCUAUAACUGGGAAAAUUGGUACACUCAUGUAAAGCAGGGCUCAGAUGCCAUCCAUGGCUCUAACGAAAAUGUUUUGAUAUUCCUUUCUGGCCUCGACUCGGACCAGGACUUGAGCCCUGUAGUCGACGGGACCGCCCUCACCCCUGGAACUGCCACGUUUAACCGAGACGACUUCUCUGGUUAUGCCGAUAAGCUAGUCCUUGAGUUGCAUGCAUAUGACAAUAUUUUUGGAAGUAGCCCGAGUAACUGUAGCGCGGUGCAAGAUAAGCUCUUCAGUGCUGGAUUUAAGGCUUUGGCCAACGAUGCUCGGAACCAGUUCCCUGUGGUCCUGACAGAGUUUGGUACUGAACAAGAUGAAUCAGCGGUACAAGAUCCUUACAUAUCUUGCUUAUUGGAUUAUGUUUCCUCCCAUAACGCCGGCUGGAUGAUUUGGGAGUUAGGCGGUAGUUACUAUAUUCGGGAGAACUCUACAGAUGCCGACGAAAGCUGGGGUCUAUUAGUUCACGAUUGGUCUGAUUGGAGGGCGCCAGACUUCGUGAGUAAUUCCUUGGCUCCUGCGGCGAACAGCACCUUGACAUUACACGAUAAUGCCGACUCAAGCACUUCCGAUGGUGAAUCUAUAGGCACGAGUCUCAAGUUUGCCCUUGUCUUUGGUUUGUUCGAUUUGCCGCUCUCAUUUCACGUUGCGACACUGGCCAUCACUUUUGCGAACAUUUUUCAUUAAGAUAGUGCCAGACUCGAAAUACUGUUAGAAGCAUCCGACAAGGCGGCACAGGCAUCAUGAUAUUAACAUGCUAUCAUUAAGUAUAUCAUUACUCAGUAUUUGAUCGUUUAUUCUAUAACCAGCUCC